AGAGAGAGAGAGAGAGAGAGAGAGAGAGAGAGAGAGAGAGAGAGAGAGAUGGAAGAAGGGGCAUCAGAGAUAGAGAAGGGUGUGGGGAGUAGGGAUGAUAAGAGAGAAAAAGGAGGGGGUGAUGAGAAGGUCCCUUUCUACAAACUCUUCUCAUUUGCAGACCCUUUGGAUGUUUCCUUGAUGAGUGUUGGGACUGUUGCUGGCAUUCUCAAUGGGCUGUCCAUGCCUCUCAUGAGUAUUCUCUUUGGUCAGCUCAUCAACUCCUUUGGAGCCUCUGAUAGGAGCAAUGUCGUCCAUCAAGUGUCCAAGGUAGCCGUUCGGUUCGUGUAUUUGGCACUCUGUUCUGGUGUUGUAUCAUUUCUACAGGUGUCUUGCUGGAUGGUGACAGGAGAGCGACAAGCAGCCCGAAUUCGCGGUCUCUACUUGAGAACCAUAUUGCAGCAAGACAUUGCAUUCUUUGAUAAGGAAACAACAACCGGAGAAGUCAUUGGCAGGAUGUCUGGCGACACCAUUCUUAUUCAAGAUGCAAUGGGAGAGAAGGUUGGGAAGUUCAUACAGCUCAUUGCAACUUUUGUUGGGGGCUUUGCCAUUGCAUUCUCAAGAGGAUGGCUUCUUGCAAUUGUAAUGGUGGCAUGCAUUCCUCCCAUUGUCAUAGCUGGCGGGGCCAUGUCGAUUUUUAUGUCGAAAAUGUCAAGCCGUGGGCAGAUCUCAUAUGCCGAGGCAGGAAAUGUCGUAGAGCAGACGGUUGGAUCCAUCAGAACGGUUGUAUCCUUCACAGGUGAAAAGCAAGCUUUAGCAAAAUACAGCAGUUCUCUCAAAACUGCAUACAAAUGCAGUGUCCAACAAGGCCUGGGCUCCGGCCUAGGAAUCGGUACUGUUCUGCUAAUUGUAUUUUCUAGCUAUGGAUUAGCUGUAUGGUAUGGCUCCAAGCUGAUCAUCGAAAAAGGAUAUGACGGUGGACACGUCCUCAACGUCAUGAUCGCGAUAAUGACUGGCGGAAUGUCUCUAGGCCAAGCUUCUCCAUCAGUGAAUGCAUUUGCAGCAGGGCAAGCUGCAGCUUACAAGAUGUUCAUGACGAUCAACCGGAAGCCAGAGAUCGAUGCCUACGACACAAGUGGGAUGGUAUUGGAAGACAUCAAGGGCGACAUUGAACUAAGGGAUGUGUACUUCAGGUACCCAGCAAGGCCUGAUGUUCAGGUGUUUUCUGGGUUCUCAAUACAAGUCCCGAGCGGCACGACCACAGCUCUGGUUGGACAGAGUGGCAGUGGGAAGUCGACGGUGAUCAGCCUAGUGGAGAGAUUCUACGAUCCUGAAGCCGGUGAAGUGCUCAUAGAUGGUAUAAACCUGAAGAAGUUUCAGGUUGGGUGGAUAAGGGAGAAAAUCGGACUCGUUAGCCAAGAGCCAAUCCUGUUUAUGACUUCUAUCAAAGAGAACAUUGCAUAUGGAAAGGCAGGUGCAACGCUUGAAGAAAUCAGGACAGCAACUGAGCUUGCCAAUGCUGCAAAAUUCAUAAACAAGCUGCCACAGGGGCUUGACACGAUGGUCGGUGAGCAUGGAACCCAAUUGUCUGGUGGACAGAAACAGAGGCUUGCGAUUGCAAGGGCUAUCCUGAAGAACCCCAGGAUAUUGCUUCUUGAUGAAGCGACAAGCGCGUUGGAUGCAGAGUCGGAGCGGAUUGUUCAAGAAGCACUAUUGAGGAUCAUGGUGAAUCGGACGACCGUGGUUGUUGCCCACCGUCUGAGCACAGUGAGGAAUGCAGAUAACAUAGCAGUGGUGCAUCAUGGAAAAAUUGUGGAGCAAGGUCCUCAUUCGGAGUUGAUCAAGGACCCUGAUGGGCCUUACUCUCAGCUCAUACGCCUGCAAGCGGGGAACAGUCAAUCGGAAGAAGCGCCGAGGAUGGGCCCAGAUAGAGUAGAUUCAAGCUUCGAAAACAAGAGGCUCUCGUUGAGGAGAUCCAUAAGCAGAGGUUCUUCAGGUGCAGGAAGCAGCAGGAAUUCGUUCUCAAUCUCCUUUGCUUUGCCCGGUGCCAUUACCUUCCAAGAGGGUGGACAGGCAGGAGAUGGAGAUGAAGAAGAAGGCAAGGAGAGCAAGGAAAUACAAGAAAAGGUGCCAUUGAGACGGUUGGCCUACCUCAACAAGCCAGAGUUUCCAGUAAUUCUGUUAGGAACGAUCGGUGCAGCCAUACACGGAGUGAUCUUCCCUGUAUUUGGUAUACUACUUUCAAGUGCCAUCAAGAUUUUCUACGAGCCUCCACACAAGCUUCGGAAAGAUUCCAGCUUCUGGGGGCUGAUGUUCAUCACCCUGGGGGUGAUUGCUCUGGUUUCAAUUCCACUACAACAAUACAUGUUCGGAAUUGCUGGUGCUAAGCUCAUCGAACGGAUCCGUUCCUUGUCGUUCAAGAGAGUGGUGCACCAAGAGAUCAGUUGGUUUGAUGACCCAAUGAAUUCAAGUGGGGCGAUUGGUGCAAGAUUAUCAGUUGAUGCUUCAACCGUGCGGAGCCUUGUAGGGGACGCCUUGGCGUUAAUUGUUCAGAACUUGGCGACGAUCAUCGCCGGGCUUCUGAUAGCCCUGAUCACUAACUGGCGGUUAGCACUUAUCAUUCUAGUCUUAAUACCUUUGGUAGGCCUACAAGGAUUUGCUCAGAUGAAGUUUAUGAGGGGUUUUAGCGCAGAUGCAAAGGUAAAGUAUGAAGAAGCCAGUCAAGUAGCGAACGAUGCUGUAGGUAGUAUUCGAACGGUCGCAUCUUUUUGCGCAGAACAGAAGGUGAUGGAUCUUUACAUGAAGAAAUGUGAUGCCCCAAUGAAAAAUGGAGUCCGUCUAGGAAUCGUAAGCGGCUUAGGUUUUGGCUUCUCCAACUUUGUGCUCUUCUGCACUUAUGCCCUUUGCUUCUAUGCUGGUGCCCGUUUCGUGCAAGAAGGGAAGGCUACUUUUGGCCAAGUUUUCAGAGUUUUCUUUGCAUUGACGAUGACGGCUCUUGGAGUAUCGCAGAGCAGUGCAAUAGCUCCUGAUGCUACCAAAGCCAAGAACUCAACGGCUUCUAUUUUCGCAAUUCUGGACAGGAAGUCCAAGAUCGAUUCGAGUAUUGAUGAGGGUACCACAUUAUCCUCAGUGAAGGGAGACAUCGAGUUUCAACAUGUCGGCUUCAAGUACCCCACUCGUCCAGAUGUUCAGAUCUUCAAAGACUUGUGUUUGAGCAUACCUUCUGGAAAGACUGUAGCUCUUGUUGGAGAAAGCGGGAGUGGGAAAUCGACAGUAAUUUCUUUAUUAGAGAGGUUCUAUGAUCCUGAUUAUGGCCGGAUAUUUCUUGAUGGAGUUGAAAUUCAAAAGUUCAAGCUAAAUUGGCUGAGACAACAGAUGGGGUUGGUAAGCCAAGAGCCGAUAUUGUUCAACGACACAAUCGGUGCCAACAUAGCCUACGGGAAGGAUGGGGUGGUAUCGGAAGAUGAGAUCAUUUCAGCUUGCAAAGUGUCAAAUGUGCACAACUUCAUAUCAGGACUCCCGAAUGGGUACAAUACCAACGUGGGCGAGAAAGGGGUACAACUGUCUGGGGGGCAGAAGCAAAGGAUAGCCAUUGCGAGGGCAAUACUCAAGGACCCGAAAAUCCUUCUUCUUGAUGAGGCAACAAGUGCAUUGGAUGCGGAGUCGGAGCGAGUGGUCCAAGAUGCACUAGAUAGGGUGAUGGUGAACCGGACGACUGUUGUGGUCGCUCAUCGUCUCACGACAAUCAAGGGAGCGGAUGCUAUUGCAGUUGUGAAGAAUGGGGUGAUUGCAGAGAAGGGACGGCACGAAGUGCUGAUGAAGGUGACUGACGGAGUAUACGCAUCUUUAGUCGCACUCCACAUGAGCUCUUCCACGUAACAAAAAAUGAAGACGGGGAAGGGUGAUUCUGAUAUUUGCCAGUAGCACUAUUCGUGACAGCGAAUUGCAAUGUGGAUUGAAAUAUUUCCAGAUAGGCAUCGCGUCUUUUUAUGAACUUGUAAGUGAGAAUAGACCACGAAUGACGGGCAAUGGUAGGCCAUGUAACGUUUUGGUGUGUAACCAUUUUCCUUGGAGACUGAUUUUCUAAAGUGAAAUGCCAUUGAUGUAGAAUGAAAAACUGAAAGAAAUUCCAUUCCAGCCUUCAUCUU